AUGUAAACCUGUGGAACGGGUUCUACUUAGCUUCAUUUAACAUUUGGACUCCGAAGAGGAUCAACGCUACUCGGUCACGAAGACUUUCGCCCAUUUUUCUCUCACAGGAACCCUUGCGUGCCUUAAAGGAACAGCUAAAUGAUGGAGUCCACGCGUCGUGACGUCACAGUGCUUGUUCCACUGUCCAAAGGAAACCCGGAUAAGGAGGAGAAUUUGCGGAAGUGUCCAACAGUACAGGUCAAGAACGUGAUCUUCGACAGCAUCCAUGAAAAGGAGAAUCUCAUGGACUACGUUCAACGUCUGAAGAAGGUCGUGAGCGAGAACAACGUGAGCGUGGUCCUACCGACGUCGGACGUCUCGACGUUCGUGCACGCCGCCCUGGCGCGGGACUUCGCGCACAUCCCCGGCCCCAGCGUCGAGUCAUGCUACCUGGCGUUCCACAAACCCUACACGCGCCAACACCUGGACCUGGGCGAGACGCCCACCGCGUAUGAUGUCUUGGAUCUGGACUCACCCACCCUGUUUCAAGAUGCUGAACGGGCCUUGGAGAAAGUCGGUCUCCCUGCCUUUGUGAAGUCUGCCACAGCUACCCUGGCCUAUGGUCUGAAGAAGAUUGAAAACUACGACGACUUGAAAGAUGCGCUCGAGGACUUCAAGACCAUGAGAGACAAAAACCCAGACUGUCUGACCUCUCCCAGUGCAGCCUUCUACAGGGACUACUUUAAGGAGUAUCUGGACGUGCAGAAGUACCCGCUGGCGCUGCGUGACGUCGUGCUGGUAGAACCGUUCUUAGACGCCGAGACCCUCUGUACCGCGGACGGGUGUGUGGUGGACGGGAAACUGGUGCACUGGACGAUCACAGACGAGCUACAGUAUGACGGUCACGAGGCGAAGUUCACGUCCAUGUUGGGGCCGACCAACGAGCCACAGGACAUCCAGACCCGCAUGUGGAGGAUCUAUGACCGCAUCAUGGACAGGAUGAUCCAGGCUGGCUUUAACGACGGUUAUACAAACAUCGAGAUCUUCAAGAUGAAAGAUGGAACGCUGAGGUUGUGCGAAGUGAACGCCCGCGGUUCGAGGCUGGUUCAGGGCAUCUACAAACAGGUGUACCGGAACGCGAACCAGGACUACGUGUACCUGUCAGCCGGUACCGGCAUCGUGCCCGUCACACCCCCGCCUACCGGCCGGCAUGGGGUCGCUUACAUGGCCAAGUUUCUCGGGCUGGAGAGGCCGGGCAAUCUCAUGGACUUUGAUAAGAUUACCCAGCUGAAGUCCGAUCCAGACGUGCACAUCGAGCCGUACUUCGGUCGUGACGACGCCGUGCCAGACAUCCCCGGGAGCGCCGGCUGUGAUAUCUGUUCCGUGGUCGCCUUCGGGAACGACCGGCGGGCCAUGAUGAAGAAACUUGUGGAGGUUCUGCGUCUGAUCGUGAAGAAACCGGAGCGGCUGGCCUACCCAGUAUCGGAGGAGAAUAUGAUGUCCAUUCUUUAUUGAUACGCCGUUCGAAUUCGUUAUUGUGUGUUCGGUUAAUUGUUCAAGUUUCCAUAACAUUUAGAUUUCAUAAUGAAGGGAACUUGUCAAACAUUUUCGCACGCUCAGUUUUGGGGUGUCAUAUACAGUUUUGGGGUAUCAUAUACAGUUUUGGGGUGUCAUAUACAGUUUUGGGGUGUAAUAUACAGUUUGGGGGUAUCAUAUACAGUUUUGGGGUGCAAUAUACAGUUUGGGGGUAUCAUAUACAGUUUGGGGGUAUUUGUUUGUUUGUUUGUUUAUUAAGAUCUCCAUUAGUAUGGUGAACUCCAUACUAUUCUUCCUGGAGUCCAGCAAAAUAAA